UGUUGUGAAGAUUAAUUAUUUUUGUUACAAUUAAAAUUUGAUUGUUUACAUUGAUUUCCAUUCAUUAGGUGGCGCUUGUUAGUCAACACAUGUUAAUGUUUUCGUUUGGUUUUAGUGUUGAUUUAAUUUUCUAAUUUUGUUCCUCUUAACAUGUUAAUUAGUUGAUUAAUUGGAUUGAUCUUUUUUAUUGUCAAAGUUACAAUUGAUUCUCUGGUAUCAUGUUAUCAUUUAAAACAAUCGUUUCUCGAGUACAACCACAAAGAAAUCGAGUAAUUUUCAUGCCUCAUGUGGUUAAAUCAACUUUAACCAAAUCAGCUGCUAGUAAUACUGGCAAAUCCAAGACUUUUAGUGAGAAGAGAAAAUCUUUACCUGUGAUACCACUUGAACCAAAAUCGAUGAAAAAUUUGGUCAAUCAAACAAAUGUUGGUGAAGAAUUGACUGGAAGGAAAAUUCAACGUCUUGAGAUUUUACAAUUGUUACAAAAAUUUUAUCAACGACCACAUAUUAAAGAGAUGGCAAUUGAAUUGGGAAUGGAUCUUUCAAUUUACAAUCAAGCUUUUAAAAGUUUUCAACAAUAUUGUGUUACAACUAAUCCUUUACCAGUUGAUCUUCAUGUCACUUUCUCGGAUAUUUUAAAUAACUCUGGUCAUGUUGAUGAUAUUUACACACCUUUUAUUAAAUAUGCUCGUUCUAUUUUUCCUCAUCUUGAUUGUAUUGAGGAAUUAAAGAAAAUCAGUGACCUUCGACUUCCACCAAACUGGUAUCCUGAGGCAAGAUCAAUACAGAGGAAAAUUAUUUUCCACUGUGGACCAACUAAUAGUGGUAAAACAUAUCAUGCUUUAGAAAGAUUUUUAUCCGCCAAAUCGGGUGUUUAUUGUGGCCCCUUGAAGUUAUUAGCUGUUGAAGUACAUUCAAAGGCCAAUGAUAGAGGAACAAAAUGUGACCUUGUUACCGGAGAAGAGCGUCGAUUAGCCGAUCCAAGUGGAGCACCUUCACCUCAUAAUGCUUGUACCGUAGAGAUGGUCUCAACUCGAGAUAAUUGUGAAGUCGCUGUUAUCGAUGAAAUUCAAAUGCUUCGUGAUCCUCAACGAGGUUGGGCUUGGACAAGAGCCUUACUUGGUGUUCCCGCUUUAGAGGUACAUUUAUGUGGUGAAGAAGCAGCGGUAGACAUUGUUAAAGAAAUUUUACUUCCAAUUGGCGAAACAGUUGAAGUUCGUAAAUAUAAUCGAUUAACUAAAUUAACAAUAAGUGACGAACCCUUAUUAUCAUUGAAUAAUGUUCGACCUGGAGAUUGUAUUGUUUGCUUCAAUAAAGCCGAACUCUAUGCAACUGUCCUGGAAUUAGAGAAAAUGGGAAAAGAAGUGGCCGUUAUCUAUGGUAGUUUACCACCGACCAGUAAAUUAGCUCAAGCAAGAAAAUUUAAUGAUCCAUCUUCAUCUUGUAAAAUAUUGGUUGCAACCGAUGCCAUUGGUAUGGGUCUUAAUUUAAGUAUUAAUAGAGUUAUUUUCAAAUCAUUGAAACUCAAUACCAAUGAUAAAGGAGAAAAGGAGAAACAGUUAAUCAGUGUUUCUCAAGCACUUCAAAUAGCUGGACGAGCAGGUAGAUUUGGAACUGAUUACUCGGAGGGUUUCGCCACCACCAUGCACAAGGAAGAUCUUCAAAUAUUGAAAAAACUUCUCGUUCAAACAGUUGAUCCAAUUGUUGCCGCUGGUCUUCAUCCAACCGCUGAGCAGAUUGAACUUUUUGCUUACUAUUUACCGAAAGCAACUUUAUCCAAUUUAGUAGAUAUUUUUGUCUCACUGUGUCAAAUUAAUUCAUCGAAUUACUUUAUUUGUGAUAUUAGUCCAUUCAAAGCUUUAGCUGAUAUGAUUCAACACAUUAAUCUACCAUUAAGAGCUCGUUAUGUUUUCUGUUGUGCACCAAUUAACCUUCAAUAUGGUUUCGUUUGUAGUAUGUUCACCAAAUUUGCUCGGCAAUACAGUAUCAAUGAACCAGUAACUAUCGACUGGUUGAGUAAUCAAAUUAAUUGGCCUGUUCCAAUACCGAGAAAUAUUAAUGAAUUAGCUUCAUUGGAGAUGACUUUUGAUGUUCUUGAUCUUUAUCUAUGGUUAAGUUACCGUUUUCCAGAUCUUUUCCCUGAUCCUGAAUUAGUAAGAGGAUUACAGAAGGAGAUUGAUGGUAAAAUUGAGAAAGGAUUAAUUCAUCUUGCUAAAUUGAUUACUGCUAAUUUAAAAUCAAGUAAACUCAGUUCACCAUCGACUAGAACCCGAAGACGAAUAGAACCAGCAAUUAAUGGAAAAGUCGACCAAUCAUCAACAACUUCGAACGAAGAUCAAUUUAAAACUGAAGAAAUCACUGAGUCUCCAACAGCUAAGAAAUUAGUUCAAUCUGGUCAAAUAUCUGCAGAGAUGUUAAAGAAGCUGCACAAGGAAUGGAGUAAAAAGAAAUAACAAAAUUUUUUGACGAUGCAAAAGAGAAACUGUAAAUAGUAAAUUUAGAGCUAUAGAUUUUGUACAAUAAAAAUUGUUUACAACGAA